CAACUGACUACUACUCCCCGCCACAACUCGAGCGGACUCAGUGCGAGAAUAAGGGCCAACACGCCUACACGGAGUGUGUGUGCCGUCUAUCUCGCGCUAUUGGGUGGUCAGCAAUCGUUCUCGUGUAGGUUGCGCUAUCUGCUGCGUCGCCGGAGGAACCGCCGUGCCCUACUCGCUCUACUCGCGCGCAUAAUAUCUAUUUGACAGCGCAAUGCUUCUUUCCCGUCUCCGGCCGUGUUUUAUGAGUCUAGCUCCGCAUGGUGUAUUAGCAACCGCUGGCUCCUAACAUGUCGCAAGCCGACCUCUCAUUCCUCUCUCCGGCAGAGCAGGCUAAUAUCCUUGACCAGCCUAGCAUCCCCCCGCCUCCCGGUGUCGAAUCCAACCUCGACAACCCUCCGAAUGGCGACACCCUCACCCGUGUGGUAGUCGGCGUAGCUCUCGCCAUAUGUUUGGUCCUGGUCCUGUUUCGCCUGGCUGACCUCUGGACAAACUCGAGGAAAUUUGGAUUGAAUGAUUUUUUGCUCAUGAUUUCAUUCGCUAGCUAUGUGGCAUAUAGCUACUUCGUCCUCGAUUCCACCAACAAGGUUGGCUAUCUACUCCAUCAGUGGGAUGUCAGCGCGAGGGACAUGAUGUACCUAUCUCGGAACUUCAUCAUUGGAUCAGACCUAUUUGCUCUCUCGACGCUGACCAUCAAGCUUGCUAUUAUCCUCGAAUGGCUACGCAUUUUCAACCCGACCGGUGCUCGCAAUAAAUUCUACUGGAUAACCCUGGGUGUUCUAUCGUUGCAUCUUGUCUUUCACAUUACGGCUCUUGUCGUGUACAAUGUGUCCUGCCAGCCUUACGAGAAGAACUGGAACCCAUUUAUACCCGGGUCCUGCUUCGACAACCGAUCGAUCUAUGUUAUCUCUACCGUGGUCUUCCUCGUCAUCGACGUAUGCAUUCUUCUUCUCCCUCAAAGAGCCAUAUGGGGGCUACAAAUGCCCACGAGAAAGAAGCUAGGUGUGGCUAGCAUGUUUAUGGUAGGCGUAUUGGCUAUCGCUUCAGUUGUCGCCAGGCUGGUUCUAUCUGUCCAGUUGUACACCUCGACGGAUCUUCUAUAUACCUUUAGUUCCUUGGGGAUAUUGGUUGUUGCCGAGAUGGUCUGCGGGAUCAUCAUUCUCUGCGCACUCUCCGUGCCGAAAAUGUUCGGUCUCCUCCGUCUUCGUAUAAUAGGUCUCUGGAGCAAUCACCGGGGCUCCUCGAGACAGGAUAGAGUACAGGCCGGCAAGAGAACGGGUGCGGGUUACGACAAUCCAUACUUUCGAUAUUACAACCAGGAUAUCGAACCAUUGGGAUCUUACCGUUUGCACACGUUGGAAUCUGCGAGGAGUGUCGACUACGAUUCUCCUUCGAACCCGGGAUCGCAGUCACAUUCCCAUGACGACAACUUGGUGACGCAGCGCACGACCGACUUCACCGCUGUUUCAGUCCAAGGCAACGAUCAUCCCGCCAUCGAUACGGCCCAACUCAAUCACAAGCAUCCAACGAAUUCAAGACUUGUUUCGUAGGGAGUUCCAUAUCGGGAUGUGCUAGUACCUAUUAUCGGAUAACCCAGCAUGUGGGAAUACUAGCCUCCGUAGUGGAGUAAUACGGUGGUACGCACUGUUCAAUCAAGCUGCGAGAUAAAUAGAAGAUAUAUCGCGAUAAAAGCGACACUUGCUUUAGAUAUUCCAACCAUAACUUAGGUGGCCGUUUCUGUCAAAAGACAACCGGUAGCCGUGUAUAUAUAUACACUCGGGAGUGGUACUGGUGGUGGGUGGUGGUGUCGAACGCCUGGG